AUGCAUUGCUGCACGAUCGAGGAGGUUGCACCUCCUUCAAGCUUGGCUGUCGACGCUGCAGUCGUCGUUAGCAGGCUCAAGUUGGGCAGAAUACGAAAUGCGAAGAAUAGCAAUCAGCUGAGACAACGUGUUGCCACGUGGUGCCCACUGAUCGUGGGAAUGUCUUUCACGGAUGAACACUUAUGCGCAAUGCACGUGUGUAUUAUUGGGCAUUUGCAAACUGACAAGAGCAUAAUUGAAAAAUACCGACUCAUCGUCAAACUGCAGAGUUCAAAAGCGGGCGAUAACUAUCAAACUCGGCAGACUGCUCACGACGUCCGCAUAUGUUUAAAACAUAACAUCAUUCUCAAAGACUGCGCGGUGGGCGAGGGUGGAGGGCGAAGAGGGUCAGAGUUUACCCAGCUGUCCAGAGCCUUGACGCACAAAUGCCGUAAAUUGCUUCAGCAGAUUGAAAGCACGACGCGGACCAUCAAUUUUGAAAGGAAAACUUUGAAUACAAUUUCUCAUUCAUCGAAUUAUAAUUAUAUAUUUUUAUCCGGUUCUGGGCGUAGAAUCCUCAAGCUAGCUAGAAACAUCUGCAAACAGAUUUGCAGGGAAAUGCUUAAGUGGUUAAACUUCUCUACCAGUUUUGUCAGUUGGAUUCUGACUGGUAAGAAUUUGGGAUAUUUUAUCCAGCCAGAUCUCGGGUUGUCGCCGCGAUGGGGUUUUACGGGGGCCCUGAUCCCAGGCACCCUAAAUCUCCCGAAUCCUUCGUCGGAGCAGGGCCACAGCGGGCGGGCUACUCUGGUACCUGCUGGGUUUUAUACCUCGGACAUGAGACCCGAGAACCCAGGGUGCGUCCCUUCGAUACCGGAGCGCCAUAGCCUCGCGGCCAAGUAUGACACUAUAUGCAUUGUCCUUUUUAUUACCGUUUGUCUUCCAGGUCCAUCCCUCGGCAUGGUUUGGGGCCCCGAACGCGGCGGAGACCAGUGCCAGGCCUUCUUCAGAGAGACUAUUGUCUCCGACCUUGCAAUCGCUGUUGAUUCCACCCCGUUGAGAUUGCACGCCACUUGGCUAUCACAGGGGUGCGAGACGAGAUCGGGACCCGAAUACGUGAUCCGAAAGUACACCUUCUACACGAACGGUACAUUUUUGCUGCUGCGUCACCACUACGCCGAAGAGUCGUGCAGUGUGGCCACUCACACAGUGACAGCUAGAGGUGUGCUGCGGCUGCUCUCAGCGUCCAUUUUGACUCCUGGAGCCACAGAAGCUAGGUUUCAGUUGGAUACGGUCCACGUGAUCCCCCUAAAUCGGCAGGUUGCCCACAAACUGGGACUCAGGGUGAACUCAUCGUGUGGACCGCAGCCAAAAUGGCGGCCGUACGUCCCUCAGGUCGUCUACGAACUACCUCACCACCGCAUUUCCAAUCCCCUAUGGGAAGGGCCCAGGUACAACUCCCUACAGGGUCAUCAGCCUUCGCGGAAUCGGCGCGGCAUCGACUGCCUUGAAACACUCGGCCUCGAGUUUGGGGAACUGCGACUACUCAGGGUCCAGAAGAGACCCUCGGCCUCCAGGACGACCCAUCACAAGCCCGCAGGCAGGCCCAGAGUCGAACUCCUAUUAGGCGGUCUUCCGCCCACAACUCAAACUCGCUUCACCCACAGGCCCACGGCUCUACAGUCAACCCCACUUCUGAGGUCUGACACGACAACGGGGUGUCCAAUGUGCAGCGCGAUAUCCCGAGGAACAGAGACGAGUCCGCCGGUUCUCCACGAAGUCGCAGCACUACCAGCACUGCUGGGCGGAAGCUGGGCGAGCAAGAGCUGCGAGAGCGAAGAGGGAGGCUUGUGGAUGAGAAGACAGUUUCGAGUAUGGCCGGGAGACAAGCUGUGGACGGGGCAAUGGGACUACUUUAGGGAUCCGAAGUGCAGCUCGUUCUUGUACGCGGUAACAGCAGCCGGGAGCUACCUUCAACGGGCUGGGCGACAACGGCGCCACAAGGAGCUAGAAACGGAAGCUUCGCAGUCCGCGCUAGAUGGGGACCGUCUCGAAGCUCGGGCCCGACGAGAAGUUGUGUCCUGGAUGACUCCGGAGCUAGCGAAAAACAUAUGGGACAUAUACGUCCCGAAGCGUGAGCAAGUGUCGGCGGAAGAGAUGCUCCCGACGAUGGACGAGAUCCAGGAGGCCAUCACGCGGCCGCCCGCGCCGCCGAAGGUCCCCGUAACUGGGGCCCAACUUUCAAAGCGCAGCCUCGUUGACGAGGACGACUCCUACCGCCAUCUGCUUCAAAACGCGCACCCUUCUCUCGCGCUCUCCUUUGCCACCAUGCUGCGUGGUAACCAGCGCUACGAGGAAACGACGCCCGGCGUCUCUGUCACCCCGACGCCACCAACUCCGACGGGAACCACCGAGCUUGACCUUCACGUCGCCGAGUCCAUUCUUGUUCCUGGGGACCCAGCGAUCGCUGCUCGCUGCGGUGGCCGCGGGCGGCUCGUCGCCUGGCCCCCCGACUGCAUCCCACGGGCCCUCGAAGCCCCCGCCACCCUUGGACUUAGGGCUCGCGUCGGCGUCACCUGGAGCGGCGAAUACACUCUUCUGCUCGGGCCCAGGGACGGCAGCCUCUGGGACGCUCCGCUCCAUCAAUGCGGACCCACCAGCUCCCAGAAUCCAGGACUUCGCGCUCAUCUCAGAACCAGCGUCGGGCUCAGGUACGGGCUCUUCUCACCCUCGUCGGCGAUCACCCGGAAUCAACCUGCUGCUGUCCUUCUGCUUUUGCUUCUCAGCUUUCUGUCUCCGAUGCUAAGGUUACUUACCUGA